CCAUGCACAGCGGAAGACUAAGGAAAGCUUAUGUGAACCAGAGACGAUUAUGCAGGGAUUUAUCGAAGAAGCUUCAACGUUCAAUAGCAUUGCCACUAUUGGGUCUGCAGGGACCCCUCCCCCUGCCCCCCCUUUCUUGCAACCCUCGUGGGACCCCCCCUCCCCCCCAGCUUGCCUCUCCUCGCGGUGAUCAAGCUAAAACAAUCUAUAUGCAAGUCUAUCUAUCUGUUAUUGCCCCUCCCCCCUCCCCUUUGGUCCACUUUUGGAGUAUUGAUCCAAGAUCAUCGCUGCACCCCAGUAUCGUGGGGCGAGAGGGGUGGAAGAGGGGAGAUUCAGAUCGGGAGAUCGAUCAAGAUAAUCGACAACGCCACCCGCAAGUCUAUUCCUUGGGUUGGGCUCACUGCAGUGCAAGCCAACCGAUAUCGAGGAAUGGAUUAUCCCUCUUCUCCCGAAAGAAAUUCUCCGCAAGGGCACGUACCCACCGUAUCAAUCAAUUCACCACUCCCCCCCCCCCUUCUUUCCCUUUGGUCGUGCAAUAAUACCCCUGCAACAGCCUGUAAGAUAGGGUCUUAAACCCUAAGCUGUAGUUAUCAAU